AUGGAGUCCUCUUUCAACGCCGUAGAGCUCCGGGAGCUGCGUGGCGGUAGAGGCGUUUCUCCGACGCCGGCUUCAGCACCCUGGACAGCGACCACAGUUGGCAGCGCCGCCCGCGGGUUUGAAAACGCUUCUUACCAGCAAGACGAGGAGCCAAACCAGCAGCAGCAGCAGCAAGCAGGAGGAGCAACGAGCUGUCCUCCUUCUACUUUAGGAAACAACAAGGUUGACCAGCAGCAGCAUCAGGAGCUCUCCCCACGGUCGUACGAUGAGGAGGAAGGAGGAGGAGGAGGAGGAGGCCAUGAGGAAGGUCAGGACUUCACCGUGUUCCACCCGGUUGACGACCACUCGGCAGAUUACGGCUUCAUCUUCGCUCUGGUGUUCCUGGUGAGCGGGAUCGUCCUGGUAGUCAUCGCCUACACCAUCCCCAGAGAGGCCAAAGUGGACCCUGAUUCCGUGUCGGCCCGGCAGAUGGAGAAGCUGGAGAUGUACUACGCCCAGCUGGGAUCCCACCUGGACAAGUGCAUCAUCGCGGGCCUGGGCCUGCUGACUCUGGGUGGGAUGUUCCUGUCGGUGCUGCUCAUGGUGUCCAUCUGCCGGGGGGAAAUGUACCGGCGCAGGACGGCGUUCGUGCGUCCCAAGAGGACUUACGGCUCCAUCAACCUGAGGAUGAAGCAGCUGGCGACCGGAGAGGCGAUGGGAGGCGAAGGCGGGGACGGAGGCGAGGAGUUUUUGGUAGAACAUGCAGAGACGAGGAAUAACACACAACCGGGGCCGAGGCGGGACUCCAAAUCAGAACCGGGACCGAGCAGGCAUCCUCCUCCUCCUGCUGCUGCAUCUUCUUCUUCUUCCUCAGCUGCUGCACAUGGAGUCAACUAG